UCGCCUGCAAAUCGCUCGAAUAUGAUGACAUUUGGCUCUGCAUUUAACCUCAUAUCUACGCAGAUGGAUCCAGGUUAUUGUCGCCUGUUCAGAUGCGGGUGAUGUAUAUGGAGAAGGGGAACUGUAACAGUGGUGAACUGACAACAUACAAUUCGCUGAGAACGCGGAAGUGUCAGCUUCCUCUGCUUUGGUAGAACGCGGACGUUCAACAGACCAGGAACAAGUGCCACAGUGAGAAAGUCUGUGGGCUCGCAGCGAUCGAUCGAUCGAGCUACGACUGUGGUGACGAAUUUACUUCUGAAAUUGUGGAGAUUGAAGGAUGCCGAGCCAGCCUGACAUCAGUCCAACAGGGCGCGUGCGACCCGGGAAGGCGUCCGUGGCUGGAUCAGGGGCCAUCCUCCUCAUCAUCUACUGCGUCGGCCUCGGCUACGAUACGUGGAUGGUUGCAUAUGAGAAAAAGCGCUACGUACGUGGACAUGUCAUAGCUAAAGCGGGAAUAUUCAGUGCAUGUGGUUAUGACUUUAAUCUUCAGGUAGACCAUGAGGCAAGCCCUAACGAUUGUUUCAGUUUGCUCCAUGCCGGUGUGCCAGGGUGGGUGCGUGCAGUGCAGUUCUUUGCCAUCUUGUGUCUGACUCUGCUGUGUUUUGCAUCAAUCAUGUGGGGUUGCAUUAUCUUCCUAGGGAAGCUGGGCGAAAUGAGAUAUAUGGGACCGUUCCUUGUUUUGUGGACCACUACAGGUCUUCUGUCGAUAAUCCAUCCGAUAAUCUUCGCUUACAACAUGCGCCCUGGUGAUCUGGUGAUGGAAGAUCAGGGCCAUAAACUGCAGUAUCGGUUCACCUUCUUCUGGGGGGCCUUCUAUCUGCACUGUGUGGCAGCUGCUUUCAUCAACCUUAUGACUCUAAUGGCACUGUGCUGCCUGUGUCUAAUAAAAUACUUGUAGAACGAUGACGCGGUGCUCUCUUCAAGAGAAGUUGUAAAAUAUCAACAUCCGUUCCUCAGGAUCAUGACUCUUUAUUUUCCAGUGUUGCAUUUAUACGUCUCGCUGCUUGGGGAGAAGUGAGUUAUCCCCCAAGCGAGUUUCCUAUGAUUAUGUGUUUCCCAGUGUGUUCUAUAUAUUUGGCACCCUCCUAGAGUAGAGGUAAGUUACCCCUAAAGUGCGUUCCUCAACCUCAUGACUGUAUUUUCCAGGGCUGCCUUUAUACGGGUCACCCUGAUUGAGGAGAGGUCGUACAUUACCCCCAAACUGAAUCCUUCAACCUCAUGAUUCUGACGUCCCAGUGGAGUAUCUAUCUGGGGCAACCUGCCAAGGUCGAGGCCGACGUUAACCCAACGUAUGAUUUGUUCAGAUUUGUUCUUUGUAACCGGUUAAGUGAACAAAAUUUACCGUUCAUUAACACUAUGCAUGAUAAUAUUAAUGUUUACUGCAAAAAUGAAAGCAGUUUUGCCUGUACUCCUUAGCGAGGGUCAGGUGGUAUAGUAACCCUUCAUACGUAAGGAACCGCCUCCGUGGUCUAGAGGUAGAGCGUCCGCCCGGAGAGUGGAAGGUCCGGGGUUCAAUCCCCGGCCGCGCCAUACCAAAAGACGUUAAAAGAAGGUACUUGUUGUUACCCUGUCUGGCGC